AUGAAAGUCAUCAAAUCGACCGAGAGAAUUAAGGUGCCAACAGGCGUGAAAGUUAAGGUCCGAUCGCGAGUUGUCGUUGUGAAGGGCAAACGAGGUACUCUAAGACGUGACUUUAAGCACUUGGCUUUGGAUAUCAAAGCUACGAACCGCGCUGUGACUGUUACAAAGUAUUUUGGAAUUCGCAAAGAAUUAGCUGCCGUUCGUACUGUUUGCAGUCACAUCGAAAACAUGAUCAAGGGUGUGCAAUACGGGUUCGAGUAUAAACUUCAAACCUUAUUUGCUCACUUCCCUAUCAAUGUGAUUGUUGCCCCCGAUGGAACCAAGGUUUCGAUCAAAAAUUUCCUCGGUGAAAGGACCACUCGCGUCAUUGACAUGCCAUCCGGCGUUAAGGCUGUUGGUGGUGGUUCUGAGUCCUUAGCAAUUCAAGGAAACGAUCUUGAGUCCGUUUCUAAAUGUGCCGCUCUCAUCCAACAGUCAUGCGCUGUCCGCCACAAGGAUAUCCGAAAGUUCUUGGAUGGCAUUUAUGUAACCAGCCGGGGCACUGUCGAAGCCAUGAAUUAG